CCCGCGGUCACGUGCCCCGCGGACCGGAAGCGGCGCGCCCCGGCGUCUCCCUCGCGCCCGCUCUGGUGCUGCCGGAGCUCCCGGCGCUGGGGAGGAGGCGGCGGCGGCGCCAUGGGGUGGGUGCGGGCGGCGCGCGAGCGGCUGCGGCAGCGCGUGCGGGGCGCCGAGGCGCUGCGGGAGACCUGCCGCCAGUACCCGCUCUUCUGCUGCCUCCUCUUGGGGCUGGGCGCCGCCACCCUCCUGCUCAACCGGUAUCUUCACAUUUUGAUGGUCUUCUGGUCGUUUGUGGCUGGUGUUGUCACGUUCUACUGUUCGUUAGGACCAGAUUCUCUCUUGCCAAAUAUUCUUUUCACAAUAAAAUAUAAACCUAAGCAAUUAGAACUCCCAGAGCUAUUUCCCCAUGGUCACAGUUGCGCUGUCUGUGGCAAGGUCAAAUGCAAGAGGCACAGGCCUGCUUUGCUUCUAGAAAACUAUCAGCCAUGGCUGGACCUGAAAGUGCCUUCAAAGGUUGAUGCAUCCCUCUCAGAGGUACUUGAAUUGGUGCUGGAAAAUUUUAUUUAUCCAUGGUACAGAAAUAUUACUGAUGAUGAAUCCUCUGUGGAUGAACUGAGAGGCACACUGCGGUUUUUUGCAUCUGUAUUAGUUCGGAGAAUUCACAAGGUGGAUGUCCCAACUGUUGUAACAAAGAAAAUGCUCAAGGCAGCAAUGAAACACAUAGAAGUAAUAGCCAAAGCCAGACAGAAAGUGAAAAAUGCAGAAUUUUUGCAGCAAGCUGCUUUAGAAGAAUAUGGACCAGAACUCCAUGUUGCUUUGAGAAGCCGAAGAGAUGAACUUCAUUACUUAAGAAAACUUACUGAACUUCUUUUUCCUUAUAUUUUGCCCCCAAAGUCGACAGAGUGCAGAUCCCUGACACUUCUUAUAAGAGAGAUCUUGCCUGGUUCCGUUUUCCUUCCCUCUAUGGAUUUCUUAGCUGAUCCUGACACUGUCAACCACUUUCUUCUGAUCUUCAUUGAUGAUAGUCCGCCUGAGAAAGCAACUGAGCCUACUUCUUCAUUGGUCCCAUUCCUACAGAAAUUUGCAGAGCCAAGAAAUAAAAAACCAUCUGUCCUGAAACUGGAGCUAAAGGAGAUCAGAGAGCAGCAAGACCUUUUAUUCCGGUUUAUGAACUUCCUGAAACAGGAAGGGGCAGUCCAUGUGCUGCAGUUCUGCCUGACUGUAGAGGAAUUCAAUGACCGAAUUUUGCGACCAGAACUGUCGGAUACUGAGAAGAUGGCUCUUCAUGAGGAAGUACAGAAAAUUUACAAAACUUAUUGUUUGGAUGAAAGCAUUGACAAAAUUAGAUUUGAUCCUUUCAUAGUAGAAGAGAUUCAAAGAAUUGCUGAAGGUCCAUAUGUGGAUGUUGUGAAACUUCAAACUAUGAGAUGUCUUUUUGAAGCUUAUGAGCAUGUUCUUUCUCUCCUUGAGAAUGUUUUUACUCCCAUGUUUUGUCACAGUGAUGAGUACUUCAGGCACCUUUUAAGAGGAGCAGAGUCACCAAUGCGCAAUUCAAAGUUUAACAGAAGUAGCCUGAGUUUGGAUGACUUCCGGACCACACAGAAAAGAGGAGAAUCGUUUGGAAUCAGCAGAAUAGGCAACAAAAUAAAAGGUGUAUUCAAGAGUUCUGCAAUGGAAGGAGCUAUGCUGCCUAACUAUAACUUAAAUGAAGGAGAAGAUGAUUUUAUAGAGGAAGGCGUUAUGGUAAUGGAAGAUGAUUCUCCAGAGGAGGCUGUUAGUACCCCAAAUACACCCCGCAACCUUGCUGCAUGGAAAAUCUGCAUCCCAUAUGUAGAUUUCUUUGAAGAUCCUUCCUUGGAAAAAAAAGACAGAAAGGAGAGAAUUCCUGUGUUCUGUAUUGAUGUAGAGAGAAAUGACAGAAGGGCAGUUGGGCAUGAACCUGAACACUGGUCUGUCUACAGGAGAUACCUUGAAUUUUACGUGCUUGAGUCAAAGCUAACAGAAUUUCAUGGUACAUUUCCUGAUGCUCAGCUUCCUUCAAAGAGAAUCAUUGGCCCCAAGAACUACGAGUUCUUAAAAUCCAAGAGGGAGGAGUUUCAGGAAUAUCUGCAGAAACUUCUGCAACAUCCAGAACUAAGUAACAGCCAGCUUUUAGCUGACUUCCUGUCUCCUAAUGGAGGAGAGACCCAGUUUCUUGAUAAAAUGUUGCCUGAUGUGAAUCUUGGUAAAAUUAUAAAAUCUGUUCCAGGAAAGCUGAUUAAAGAGAAAGGUCAGCAUUUGGAGCCAUUCAUCAUGAACUUUAUCAACUCCUGUGAAUCUCCCAAGCCUAAACCAAGCAGGCCAGAACUUACCAUUCUCAGUCCAACUUCUGAAAACAACAAGAAGCUUUUCAGUGAUCUAUUCAAGAACAAUGCGAACCGUUCUGAGAAUACAGAAAGACGACAAAAUCAGAACUACUUUAUGGAAAUGAUGACUGUAGAAGGAGUCUAUGACUACUUAAUGUUUGUUGGUAGGGUAGUUUUUCGCAUUCCUGACUGGCUGCAUCACCUCUUGAUGGGAGGAAGAAUUCUCUUCAAAAACACAUUGGAACUGUACACAGACUAUUAUCUGCAUUAUAAGUUAGAACAGCUAUUUCAGGAGCACCGUUUGGUUUCUUUGAUAACACUACUGAGAGAUGCUGUGUUCUGUGAGAAUACUGAACCUCGCUCUCUCCAGGAUAAACAAAAGCGUGCAAAGCAGACUUUUGAAGAAAUGAUGAGAUACAUUCCAGAUUUAAUAGGCAAGUGCAUUGGGGAAGAGGCUAAAUACGAAGGCAUCAGGCUUCUGUUUGAUGGAAUGCAGCAACCAGUGCUCAACAAACAGUUAACUUAUGUUCUGUUGGACAUUGGGAUUCAAGAACUCUUUCCAGAGCUCAGUAAGGCAUUGCUGCACGUAAGACAAAUAUGACUUGAAGCAAAGUAGAAUUAUCAGCUUGAAAGCUUAAACAGUGAGUGGAGAUCAGAGAGGGGAGAUACACACCAAUAAUACACCUAUUCCUUCUGUUGUUUAAAUUACUGGAAUCAGAUUUGUAAUGAACUCAUUGUCCAAGCUGCAAGAAGAAUUUGACAAAUUAAGACAAUGCCACUUUGGUCAGUGAUGGAGUUCUUGGUGGAGAAUUAGUAUUCACUAAUACUUUGCUUCUUCUGAAUUAUGGGUUAUGCAAGUCUCAAACAGCAGGUGCAAACAAACUAUGAAAAGUCAUGAAUUCUGCCCCUUCAUUUUGCAGUGUGCUUCAACAGCUUUACCUGAUUAGGGACAAUUGCUUGGGCUAUGCAGAAACUGAAGCACUUGUUUGUUAUAAUGUGUAAGAAAGGAGAAGUUCUCUUCCUCAGCACUCUCUUCCUGCCUUCCUCCAAAAGAAAACAAACAUCACAAGCAAAAAUUAAAUGUGCAAGAAUGUUACACUGAAUAAUACAGCAAUCAGGGUAAGACUUCCUUGGAUAAGACUUCCAGCAGAAAAUUUUAUUCGACCUUCAAGUGCUGGAUAAACUCUUUUCAUUCUGUCAAGAUAACGGGAAACAACCUCAAUAUCAGGUUCACCUAAACAAACAAACAAAAACAAAUUAUAGUAUUUUCUGCAGCAACCAAGUUCUACAGCAAACUUUAGUUUCUUUAAAUUGAUGCAGUUUGAGCUCAAGUCUCUAAGUGAGAACUACUUUUGCUACCCUUUCCUGUUCUGUUCUCCAGAAUCAGACAGUCUGCCAUCAGGACAGUGUGUGGGAAGGUGGAGAGUUGCUUCUUGUGUGCAGAUAAACAUCUGUGGUGGUUUGUGGCCAAAAUUUUUGGUAGCAACUUCUAUUUUACUGGAAAAAAAAGAAUUCUCCUUGCAUGAUCAGGCUUUUGUUUGCUUGUUUCUCUCUGUUAAAAUAGUAAUUUCCCAUCAGAUUCAGGUAGAGUGAGAUAGUCUCCCAUCCUCAAAAACUAAUUUAACCAUACAUUUUGGAUAGAGUGCUAUAGAUCUAGAAAAAAAUUUCACUUGCACCUAUAUGUUUUAGGAGCCUAGAAAUUUCUGUGUUCUGCCAUGUGCCUGUUCUGCCAAAAUACCAUCUAGCUACAUAAGGAGAAAGAACCUUGAGGCACUGUAUCAAACCAUCUUGGCCCUUUCUGAUACAAGCUUACUAUCCCACAAUGCAUCACCUCAUCUUAAAAGUAAUUAGAGUUUCCCCCCUCUGAUAUACUAGAAAGAUUCUACCAGAACUUUUCAAGUUAUUCCCCUUCAUUAUUCCCAAUGAUUUCUUUCUAUGCAAAUUUAUUUCUGCAUAAACAUAAAUUUACUCUAAGCUACACUGCUCCCCAUCCUGCCCUUAAGAAACCUCACAAGAUUCAGAUAUACCUUGAUUUUUAAAUCAGAUUCAAAAACAUUGAUCCCACUUGUGAGAAUCAAUUUUAAGCUGAAACAUUGUAUAGAACAAAAAAUCAAAACUCAUAGUCCCAGGCAGUCAGAUAAGAAGCAAAUUUGAUGAAAAGAGAACCCAAGGCUACUACUACUGAAAGAUCUUUUAACAUUUAGAGAUUGCUCUUCUGCUACUCUGUGAGUGCGCCUACUUACCUUUACUGUAUCCCAGAUUCUUGUCUUUCAGCAUAUGAUAGCCAUCUCCACCAAAUAACAAAUAGGAGGGAAGAGUCACAUUGUAUAUUUCAUCCAUUUGGAGUGGUACAUAGGCUGGGACUCUACAGGUCGUACAGAGCACUUCUAUGCUAACGACUCUGCUUCCUGGAGCUUUGGAGAGAUCAUAGACGAUGUGGAUGCCUAGGAAAACAGUUUGAAUGCCAUUUUAUGCAGAGCCUCUUGAACGCUUAGGGCUAGAAUAGACGAUCGUCUAAUCGUUUCUUUACAUUAGUUUCUGUAACUGCAAAGUUACAUUGUUCUGUGUGAUAGCAAUUCAUUCCUGAUCUUUCCACACAACCCAACUUUUAUCCAAGAAAAACAUGAACCAAGGGAAUUGCUGAAGUACUAUACCACCUCAGUUACUUACCUGAUCAUCUAAUCCCUUGUUACUGCUCCACAGAAAGAAAUCCCUAGUCAUUGAUUGGAUUGGAAUAUGCAGAGAGAAACAUCUUCCCUUAUUUUUGUCAUCUUGUCAUAUGCUUUUUCUUUCCGUUAUCUUGUAGGUUGAAAUGAUUUCUUUUAAAGCCAGUCACCCUAACCUAGCAGUUAUUAUGGAUAACAGGUACUAUUCUGGAAAAAACAAAGCUAAACCAGGGCUGAAUACUAUAGUUUCUAGUCACCAUAGGAGAAGUCCUGUUUCUAGUUGUGAACCCUCCUCAUUCAAAGCCUCAGGAGAGUUAUGACCUGAGAUCAGGAAGCCACUGAAGCUACUCCAAAAGCAACACAAAGGACCGUCCUACCCUGGCUCCCUUGCUCUAAAUCUUCUGUCCUAAACCCUUUCCAGAGCUUCUACUUUUUUUUUUUUUCCCUUCCUUUCUGUUAAAAGAAUUUUAUUUAUUUUAUCUUAGUGGUAACUAAGAACAUGGUAACUUAGUAGUGAGAGCACUUGCCAAGUGUGUCAGAGACUUGGGUUCUGUCCUUGGCAUGUGGUGGGUUCUAGAUCUCAUCUCCAGGGACAGUGUCCUCACCACCAGGGGACAUGGAGUGGGAAAAGGCCUUGACCUCUGCCAUUGAAGUUUUUCUGCUAAAUAAACAAUGAAAUCCACACUGUAUCAGAGAGCGCGCAGGCAUAAAUGUGACUGUAGCCUAGCACAGUCUGGAUCAAUAUCUAGGGAUCAAUAUCUGUGUUUCCAAGAAGCGUGCAUGUUUUUUAUAUUAAAUGUGCAUUUUUUUCAUAUUAAAUUAAAUCCCUAACA